GCAGCCUGCGUAAUAUCAAAGCAGAAUUUAAUAAGCUUUAAUUUCCUCCUCGUUUUUCCUUUCAAGCAAUGUCCGAGGACCUCCGAGAUGAGGUAGAGGCUCUCAAUUCCAUCUACGGCGAUGGCUGUCUCACCCCCUCAGAAGAUCAAAAUGAGACCUCAUCCGCAACAUAUGUCUUACAACUGCCAGGCGAUGAAUCUUCCUCACUAAGACUACAAUUCCCAGCAUCAUAUCCAGCUGAGCCACCCACCGUUUUAGGGACGCAGCACAGCUCCGGAGGCAGAAAAGGCGCUGGCGCAAGGGACCUGGGCGUGUUUAGAGAAGCCCUGGGGACGGUAUUCCAGCCGGGCAGUGUUUGUCUGUUUGACGCCGUGGAAGAGUUUUCAAGAAGGAUAGAGGAAGAAAACGAGCGGGAAGAACUACUACGACAGCAACAGCAUGAAAAGGACGACGACGACGACGACGUUGAAGGAGAAGGCCAGAAUGCGGAUCGAGGCGAGAGGACAGUUGACGCCGCCAACCAAGUGGACUUCUCAGCCAUGACGCCUCCACCAUGGACGCUCUCCGAAGUCGUCGUGGAGAACAAGUCUACAUUCGUAGCCCACGUCGCCAAAGUCACGUCCCCAGCCGAGGCGAAGCUCUUCCUGCAGCACCUCCUCUGGUCGGACAAGCGCAUCCGCUCCGCGACGCACAACAUCACGGCGUGGCGGAUCCGCGGAGCGGGCGGCGUGAGCUACAACGACUGUGACGACGAUGGCGAGGACGCGGCUGGCGGGAGGCUGCUCCACUUGCUGCAGCUGAUGGAGGUUUGGGACGCCAUGGUUGUGGUGACGAGGUGGUAUGGCGGCGUGAAGCUGGGGCCGAGGAGGUUUGCGUUGAUUAAUAGCGUGGCGAGGGAUGGGUUGGUGAGGGCGGGGUUGGGAGACUCGGGAGGGAAGGAGAAGGAGAGGAAGAAGGGGAAGUAAACGAAUGGAGUGCUGGUUUUUAUAUGUCGAUGAUGGAUGGUGGUGGCGUUGAGGGUUGGGGUAGAGAGUAAGAGGAGGGAACAAAACACUUGAUACAACAACAUAUUACAUAUUGCAAGUACCUUUGGAUAGCAUUUUUUGAAAAGACUCUAGAAAUAUAUGUUUGAAACUCG